AUGGACGAAGAAAAUAAAAUAAAUACAGCAGAUGAAAAUGAUAAUGAAAUAAAAGUUGAACAUGGUAAAGAUGUGUCUCAAAUAACAGAUACGACAGAUGAUGCUGGGCCUUCAGGGUUUAUACCACUGCCUGGUGAAAUACUUCAUACUCCAAAAAGCAUUUUCCAGCCUAAGACUGGAAUAUCUAAAUCAGAACACAGUAUACGACAAAUUAUCACAACCAAAGAUGUUGCAAAUGCAUUAAAACUUUCAUCAUUUAGUUUCAGUCCCAAAACCGAAGCAUUAAAAAACAUAAAUUUUAAAGAACUUAAAAUACCAACAUUAUACAAAAAUGAAAACAAUGAACAAUGUGAUGCAACAACGUUUUUAGAACUAAAACAAUUUGUAGCUUCGUGUUUCCAAACUAAUAAAGAUGUUCAUAAUUUUGCAUUAGCAGAAGUUCCAAAUGUUCAAAAUGUGCACACAGCCAUAAGUUCCAUUAUCCAUGAGCCCACACACGAUGAACCUAAUCUAAACUGCAUUCAAAAUGUUAAUACGACCAUAACUGACACUCUUAAUAUUUCAAAUGAAAUAAGAGGUCCAGAUUUGAAUUUAAUCGAAACAAAACAGUCGAAAUAUACAGAAGGAAACAAAAAGAAAACUUCUGGAAACCUCUCAGAUAAAUCAGAUUAUGGACUAGCUCCUAGAGAUUCACUUUCAAGUAUUGGUUCUAAUGUUUGUAGAAUUUGUAUGACCAAGGGGCGUGAGAGGUUGAUUUCACCUUGCAACUGUAAAGGUUCUUUAGCAAAUGUUCAUUUAUCGUGUUUAGAGAGGUGGCUUAACCAAGUCGGUAGAAACCAUUGUGAACUUUGUGGUUUCAGCUAUCCAGCAAUUCGCACACCUCGAUAUACCGUACUUCAAGCACUACGAUUGUGGUUCGGUAACCCUCGUAACAGGACCCAUUUGCAGUCUGACUGUCUGAUUUUUUGGUUGCUGUCCACCGUCACCGCAGGUCUGUUGGCGGUAUGCAUCGUUGGCACUCAGUACUUUGUAAUUGAGGGCAACAAAUUCGGUAAGCUCGAUGCAGGUGCUAGAAAAGAUGAAGGUAUUUCCCAUCGAAUAACAGAAACUGCUAUGGAUUUCUUCAUGGCUAUAGUACUUUGCGGCUACUCGGUUACGGUGUAUCUUUUAUGGAAGGAUCACUACGUUAUGUGGAAUCGUUGGCGACGAGCUAACGUUAAUGUUAGAUUGCUGUUGUCACCAGAUGCGAAUCCCGUGCCGUUUGUACCAAGACCUAGAUAUAACGUUGUUUGA